GUGUUACAUACAGUGUUGUUAUGCAAAUUCGACUUCACCACACAAAACAAAAUGCAAGAGAUUGCGUUUUAUAAUCGACGUCAAUCAAUCUGCAAGGAGAGACGUAAAAUAUCAGUCAUAAGUACAGAAAUGCUUGAGAAUAUGUUAGUGAGGAUUUCCCUCGGAGUUUUCCAACGAUGACACAGUUGAGAACAGACUGAUUCCAAUAUGGAAAGCAAUGAAAACAUAACCACAACUGAUAUAGGCAUUGUCUCGCCAUCAUUCAACACAACGGCUGCAAACACUACCUUUCAAGACUCUAACAACACCAGUGCAAUUUUACCGUCCACUAGUACGAUGCUUUCAGAAAACAAUCCGUCCACAUCUUUCAUAGUAAUAUUUUGUAUAUUAAUGUUCAUUAUAUUUGCAAUAACUGGAAAUAUAUGCAUUAUAAUAACUUUGCUUCGAUCAAGGCAUUUCAAAGGAGUUAUUAUGUAUUAUUGCAUUGUUAAUUUAUGUAUUGUUCAAUUGUCCGAGAGUAUUCUGGUUCUGACAGUGAGUUUUUCCGUCUCGAUAACUGGAUACUGGAAGUAUACCACAUCAUUUUGCUCGCUUAACGCCUUUCUGGUUGAGUUCUUCAGUGUAGCAAACGUUGUCGCUUUACUUUUACUGGUAAUCGAAAAAUUUAUAUCUAUGCAGAAACCUACAAUGUACAUGAAGUGGUUUACGUAUCCGAAGGCAGUUCUAAUAUCUAGUUACGUUUGGAUCCAUAGCUGUAUAUCUGCUGUUGCACUGUUGACAUCUGCCGUGCAGAUAGAAUAUUAUAAUUCUCGCUAUUUUUGUUCAAUAACACACGGCAUGUCACGGACUUACAAGAUAACUGUCAUGACAGUUUCUUACGUAUUACCUAUUUGUGUCAUUAUCUACCUGUAUGCAGUUAUUUUAAGAAAACACUUUAAAGCUGAUCAAUCAGAUUUGAAUGGGUCUGUCGUCGCUAACCAGUACCAUAACCAACUUCAACAUCAACUUGAUUUAUGCAAAGACAAACAUAAUGUGAAGAACAUUGGAAUGAUUCUACUACUUUGGUGUCUUCUUUGUGGACCAUAUCACCUUGCCGAUUGCAUUUACCUUUUAAGUAGCAACUCUUACACUUCUGGAAGUAACAGCAUUGAAACUCUGCUAUCUGUAAUGAAAUUGUCGUAUCCUGCUGUUGUUCCCAUUUGCAUCACUGUGCUCUGGGUUGAUGUCAGACGGCAGAUGAAGCAGGUUCUUCUUUGCCGAGUUAACGACAUUGCCACUGUUCAAUUAAGACAACAGGAAGGAAUCCUACAGCAGGAAAAUGUUCUACCAUUGGAAUUCAACACAAGCAGUGGAAAUAAUACCAGUAAAAACGAUGUUAAUCUGGGCACUGCCUACCAAGUGCCUGUACUUUUCGCUACAUCAAACGGACUCCAACUAACGGUUGUUCGGAAUAAGAAAGACAGCGACAUAGCAUCAACAGGGAAACGAAUUUCGUCUGGAAUCCGUAUCAGUGAUGGCACAGUGUUCCCAAAUUUUGGUGUAGUCAACUUCACUGUUGAUGAACUGGAAAAUUACAGCAUUGAUGUGAGUGAAGAUGAUGAAACUUUGAAUACAAGCUGGCGAUCACAAGUAGAGACCCAACAACCAGUCGUGACUCGCACAGAUGUUAGAAUAGAACAGAGUCUUCCCGUGGAACCCGUAGUCCCACAAUCUAAACCAGUGACGUAACAAAAGUUAGAAGUCUCUGACUAAGGCUUCCAUGGGGCGCUUCCCUUUCUGGUUGUGGGUGUGGGGAAGCCCAUCCGCUUCGGCGAAUUUUGCGUUUUAAAGACGUAUUUUUUACACGUUAUAGUGCUGGCAUAAAAAGACCCAUUCGGCCAACGUGACUUUUACGCCACUGAUCUGAACAAAACACCAUGUAUAAAAAUGUCGAACAUACUAACAAAUACGUAUUAACAAGGACUGUUAGAAUGUAAAACAAUUUUUCAUCGUUCUCCCCUAUCUGAAACAUUCUUAUCACUUAAUAGCCAUGCUUUCAAAGGGCCAAAGGCUAAAUCCUCUGACCAUGUUAUCCUUACAUCGUUUUAUGAUUUUGGUAUCACUCUAUAACCAUUUUACUAGCACUUGCACUGUUGACGCAGUUACGUCGCAUUUUGAAAUGGAUACCACAUCAUCGUACGGCUAAGGCACACGUAGGGCGUAGGGCUAGGGCACUCGAAUAUGUACGUUUACUCUACAUGUAUAAAAUAAUGCAUUUUGAACAUGUAUAAAAAAAUGCAUUUUGUAACAAUUUCCAUAGCGAAUAUGGUCCCCAUGCUGUAACUUCUGCACUUAGCCGAAUUUAGAGAGGGAAUGAAUCCCUGCUUACAGUCGUACCAUAGGACUUCGACUUAAUUUAACAAAAUUGACAUAGGCCUACUUAAAAUGAUUUAAUUCUGUUUUGUUUUUCUUUCAAUGAAGGUUUCCUAUGCCACCAUACUAACAUGCAAACAUCACAAACGCCACUUCCUCUAACGAAGUACGUCAGCCAAACUUCACUGUAACAAGCUAACUUGAAUAAAGCACAAAUUUAACAUAUUGAAAAAAACCCGGUGGUAAAUUUAUAACACAUUGUACAAAAUGGAAUGAAUUAAAGCCAGUGGCUGUUGGAAUAAAGGUUACAUAGAGACCA